AUGGUCCCUGCCCUGCUGCUGUGCUGGAGCUUUGGUUACACAGCAGCCCUCAAGCCCACAUGCCUGUCAGCUCAGUUUAGAAGGCCAGGGGAUUAUAUCCUAGGAGGCUUGUUCCCUUUUGGGACAGACACCGUAAACCUGACGGCACGAUCGGAGCCCAGCUUAGUGGUGUGUGAAAGGUUGUUUGUGGAGGGGUUAAUAUGGGCUCUGGGGAUGAAGUUUGCCAUCGAUCAGAUCAACAACUCCAGCUCACUUCUCCCAGGGGUGCAGCUGGGCUAUGAGAUGCACGACACCUGCUUUGAGCCCAUGGUGGCCCUGCAGCCCAGCCUGCUGCUCCUGGCGCGCAGCGGCACGCGGGCCCUGCCCGUGCUCUGCAACUCCACCAGCUACCAGCCCCGGAUCACUGCUGUCAUUGGGCCUCAUAAGUCAGGUCUCUGCCUGCUGACAGCCAAACUUUUCAGCUCCUUCUUGAUCCCACAGGUCAGCUAUGCAGCCAGCAGCGAGAUGCUCAGCAACACCAAGCUGUACCCGUCCUUCUACCGCACUGUUCCCAGUGACAAGAGCUUGGUGGAAGCUGUGGUCCUGCUCCUGAAGAAGUUUGGAUGGAACUGGAUUGCCACCAUUGGAAGCGAUAAUGAAUAUGGCCGAGGAGCCCAAGGGCUCUUCUUAAGCAUAGCUGGGAAUCACAGCAUCUGCAUUGCAUUCGAGGGGCUGAUUCCUGCAGACCUUGCAGACCCCAAAGCCAAAAAACAACUGGAAGAUACCAUUAAGUUAAUUAACAGGACCAAAGUCAAUGUCAUUGUCCUUUUUGCCUCCAGUCAUCCAGCUCAGGCCCUGCUGCAACACAGUGUCAGGAUGGGACUGAGCAAGAAAGUCUGGAUUGGUACUGAAGCCUGGAUACUGUCUGACAUAAUUGCCUCCAUCCCAAAUAUUCAGAGCAUUGGGACAGUCCUAGGCUUUAUUAUAAAAACAGGCACAGUCCCUGGCUUCCAGCAAUAUGUUGCCAACCUCUUUACCUCUAUUCAGCAGGAUAAAUUUUGUCAGGAGUCGAGAGAAUUCAACCAGCUCAUGAACUCAGAGGUGCUGGACACACCCUGUGAAGAGUGUGACCACAUCUCCCCGCACCAGGUCUUGUCCACGCUGAGCCACUUCCAGGUACAACCCAUCCACAUCGCAGUGCACAGCGUGGCCACUGCCCUGCACAGAGCCCUGGGCUGCACCCACCAAGCCUGCCCCAAAGCUCCCAUCAGACCUUGGCAGCUGCUGCACUUCAUGAACACCCUCCCAUUCGAGGUGAAUGGCCAAAGUUUCAGGUUUGAUCAGUCCCAUGGCACAAACACUGGCUACAAGCUUGUAUUCUGGUCUUGGAAAAACAAUACCCUGACGUAUCUGCCUGUUGGAGACUAUGAAGAGUCCUUGUACAUCAAUACAUCCCAGAUCCAGUUUCACACUGCAGAUCAAAAGGAGCCCACAUCUGAGUGCUUCAGAGACUGCAGCCCAGGACAAUUCAGACAAAUAAAAGGAUUCCACCUCUGCUGCUAUGACUGUACAGAUUGCCCAGAAAACACCUUCUGGAGCUCUAAAGACAGCUCCACCUGCAGCCCCUGCCCGGAGCAGCAGUGGUCCCCUGCCCGCAGCACCCAGUGCCACGACCGCAGCGAGAGAUUCCUCUUCUGGAGUGAGCCCCUCAGCGUUGCCUUGCUAACCCUGAUGUCCAUCACCCUAUCCCUCACCUGUCUGACAGCACUGCUCUUUUUCAAGAGCCUCGAGACGCCCCUUGUGCAGGCUUCUGGAGGCAAACUGAGCCUCUUUGCCCUGUUUGCACUCGUGCUGCUGUGUCUCAGCUGCUGCCUCUACAUAGGGAAGCCCAGUCACCACCUCUGUAUGACCCAGCAGAUGGUCUAUGCCCUGUGCCUCAACGGUUGCUUCUCCACCUUCUUCAUCAAGUCCCUUGAGAUCACCCUGAUGACCGAGUUCCCUCGCUGUGCUCCCACCUUCUUGCCCUGGCUGACCCAGAGAAGGGCUUGGCUCCUUGUUGCCUUGUGCCUCCUCACCCAGUCCUUGCUCUGUUUCUGCUACCUGCACUUGGGCCCUGACUACCUGCUGUCUGAUUACAAGUCACUGCCCACUGAAGUCCUGCUGGUGUGUGACACCAGGUCCUGGUUUGCCUUUACCCUCUUGCAUGGCUACAACAGCUGCUUAGCCUUUGUCUCCUUCCUGGGCACCUUCAUGGUCCAGACCUCUGGUAGGAAGUACAACAUUGCCAGGGGCAUCACAUUUGCCAUCCUCAUCUAUUUCAUCAUCUGGAUCUUCUUCAUUGCUAUUUUUGUCACACUCAAGACAGUGCUCAGGUCUGUUACUCAGAUUGGUACCAUUCUGACAACCACUCUGGGUAUCCUGGGAACCUACUAUAUCCCCAAGUGCUACAUCCUCUUGCUGAAGCCUGAUCUGAACACAGUGGAUUAUUUCCAGAACUCCAUCAAAGAGGAACCAGAGGAGGAUUCUCAAUAA